UGCUAGCUUCCUUCAUUAGACACACUUAAACCCUCCUAGCUCACUCUCACCAGCAGUACCUACUAGCUAGCCGGCAGCAAUGGCGUCCAGGACCUUCUCGGCGGCGUGCCUGCUGGCGCUGCUGGUGGCCAACACGUUCCUCGCCGGCGAUGCCUGCGGCAGCUGCAAGCACCAAACCCCGCCGCCGGCCUCCCCGUCCCCGCCCCCACCAUCGCCGUCUACGACGCCGUGCCCACCUCCUUCGUCAGGCGGCGGCGGCGGCACGUCGUGCCCCACGGACACACUGAAGCUGGGCGCCUGCGCCAACGUGCUGGGCCUGGUGAACGUGGGCGUCGGCAAGCCCCCCAGCGGCGGCGGCGACAAGUGCUGCAGCCUCCUCGGCGGCCUGGCCGACCUCGAGGCCGCCGUGUGCCUCUGCACCGCGCUCAAGGCCAACGUCCUCGGCAUCGUCCUCAACAUCCCCGUCAAGCUCAGCCUCCUCCUCAACUACUGCGGCAAGACCGCCCCCAAGGGCUUCCAGUGCGCUUAGUUCAUCAGUUACACUCCAGCAAAUCGUCCAUCACUCAGCGCAUGCAUGCAUCGUCAGUGCAUGUAUGCAUGUAUGUUAUUUUAGUUGUUCAUUCCAAAUUUGAUUUCAUCAUGCAAUAAUCGGUCGGUUGUUAAGUAGUUCUUCUUGCGUGUGUUAAUUUAUAUGCACUGCUUUGGCGAGAUUAAUUUGUCCUAGUUUGGCUGUGUACUACAAGAGAUAAAUACGAUUGGGCGCGCGCGUGCGUGUGCUUGAACAGUAAUUUCAUUAAGCAUGUGUAAUACUUGUGUAUUUGUUUGAUGAAAUGUAAUUUGCAGAAUAUUCAUUCA